CACGAUGUUACGUUUCUGCGAUACUCUCAAGGUAGAAGGCCUGUGACAGCUGGCUAUCAGCCGCUACGGAAAGGGGGAGAGUGAUCAAAUCCACUCCCAUCUUGAUGAAAGGAGGACAAAAUGACCAUCAAACCUAGAAGAGCAUAAUCUACACACUCUAAGCUUUAAGCCAAUGCUAAUAUUGUGGCAUUUUAUUCACUGAUACAUUAGAAAAGGAAUGGUGAAAACUGAACUCCGCCGGAAGGAUCCGAAUUUUCCUCAGGGAUUCGGGGGGGUUGGAGUAGCGUAAAGUCAAAAGGAUUGCAGGACGCUUCUGUUUAACUAAAGUCGUUUUUUGUUAGGCUACAAGUUUUCACAUCCGAGUUGUGAUUUUUUUACUAAUUGAAAUCGCUUUACUGCUGGCUAGUGGGAAGGUGUCAUCACAGCAAUGGAGCUCCGAGUAGGAAACCGAUACAGAUUGGGCAGGAAAAUUGGAAGUGGAUCUUUCGGUGACAUUUAUUUGGGCACGGAUAUUUCUGUUGGGGAAGAGGUAGCCAUCAAGCUGGAAUGUGUGAAGACCAAGCAUCCACAGCUCCACAUAGAGAGCAAGAUCUACAAGAUGAUGCAGGGAGGAGUUGGUAUCCCAACCAUAAAGUGGUGUGGUGCAGAGGGGGACUACAAUGUGAUGGUGAUGGAGCUGCUGGGACCCAGUCUGGAAGAUCUCUUCAACUUCUGCUCCAGGAAAUUUAGCCUCAAGACUGUCCUACUGCUAGCUGACCAGAUGAUCAGCCGUAUAGAGUACAUCCAUUCCAAGAACUUCAUUCACAGAGAUGUGAAGCCUGAUAACUUCUUAAUGGGGCUGGGGAAGAAAGGCAACCUGGUCUACAUCAUUGACUUUGGUCUGGCCAAGAAGUAUCGUGAUGCCCGCACCCACCAGCACAUUCCAUACAGAGAGAACAAGAACCUGACCGGCACUGCCCGCUAUGCCUCCAUCAACACUCACCUGGGCAUAGAACAGUCUCGGCGUGAUGACCUGGAGUCUUUGGGCUAUGUGCUGAUGUAUUUUAACCUGGGAUCGUUGCCAUGGCAGGGCCUGAAGGCUGCUACCAAGAGACAAAAAUAUGAACGCAUCAGUGAGAAGAAAAUGUCCACUCCUAUUGAAGUGCUUUGCAAGGGCUACCCCUCUGAAUUUGCCACAUACCUCAACUUCUGCCGCUCGCUGCGUUUUGAUGACAAACCUGACUACUCGUACCUGAGGCAGCUCUUCAGAAACCUCUUCCACAGACAGGGCUUCUCAUAUGACUAUGUGUUUGAUUGGAACAUGCUCAAAUUUGGUGCUAAUCGGGUAGCAGAGGAGGCUGAGCGAGAGAGGAGAGACCGGGAAGAAAGGUUGAGGCACAGCAGGAAUCCUGCCGCCAGAGGCAUCCCAUCAGCCUCAGGCAGACCCCGCGCCACACAGGAUGGUGCACCUCCAACACCCCUUACACCGACCUCACACACAGCAAACACAUCUUCACCACGACCUGUAACUGGUAUGGAGAGGGAGCGGAAGGUCAGCAUGCGGCUGCACCGCGGUGCUCCUGUUAAUGUCUCCUCCUCAGACCUGACAGGACGACAAGACACCUCCCGCAUGUCCACCUCGCAGAAUAGCAUUCCCUUCGAUCAUCACGGCAAGUAGCUGCUCGCCAUGUGCUUGUGUAACGGCAGCAGCACCAGAUUUAGACGACAUGUCCCAGAAGCCUCCACUCUGCAAAAUGGAGGGCAACGGUUGACCCACCUGUAUGUGGCUGAUUGAUGGCUCUUGUCUAACACUGAUAAAAGCAGGGCAGUCAGUCUUUCUUCAAUCGACAAAACCAAAAUGGUUCAGAACCAACUUGACCUCUUUGUUAAGGGUCUCUCUCUUGCUGUCUCUUCUUUCUUACUUUUUUUUUUUUUUUCACUCUGGUAUAUACAAUAUGUGCACAUGCAGAGGAUUGUGAGAACACUUCUGUCGAAGAGAUGCUUAUAGACUGACCCAGCAGAGACUGCAUCAGCCAGCCAAACUCCAGUGUCCUCUACACUGGUGUCUGUCUUCAUGCUAGCACAUUCUCUAAACAUCAGCAACGAUUCACUGAUUCUUUUCCAUCCAUGUGUUUUAAGGUUUUUCCAUCAAGACUUAUAUAUUUAACUGAUUUAAUUGAUUCCGUUUGAUGUACUGUAUUUCUUUAUUUUUUUAAAGUCUUAAUUUCAAAGUUCCUCUUCCGUAACAGUCUCCAUGUCUGGACUUGUCAUGAUUUUAUUUGACCAAUUAUAAUUUUAUUAUAUUUUGAUAGCCCUUUCUGUAACUGGUGGGUGGUAUAAAAUGGGUUCCGGUUGCAUGGUCAUAUUGGUGUUGUAGUAUGGACAGAUCGCUAAGGGGCCAAAAUCUCACUAUUUCUUGCUCAUGAUAAAGGUCAUGGAGUGGUUUACUAAUCCUUCCCUGCGCUGUAUGUUUAGCAGGGCCUGUGAAGCUCACCAGUCCCCCUGUUCCUGACCUUUAGCUUUCUUAACUGCUGUAUAUUACUGCCUUCCCCUUGUUGUAUCUCUUUUCUAUUUACAAGCUGUGAAAAUUGUAAUAUAUCCAUGUAAAUGUUUCCAUUUUCACCUAAUAGAGACUAUGAACUAGCCACAAAUCAGCAACAAUCCUAAAGCAUUAAAAGAUUUUUCUUCAUUACUUUGCACAAUGCCAAUGAAAUGAAGUGCUGGACAUCAGAGGGCUUACCAAUUAUAAAUCUAAUGAUCAUCUUUUAUAACUCAAAGUUAACUAUUGAAAGGCACACCUGAGUUUUUCAAGAGGGCAAGCAAAAGUAACAUGCAAGUCAUUAGGUGUUUGAACAUGUUGAUCGCUAGAUGCUUGUUUGACGUAAACUGACUUUUCCAAGUCGCGGUUGUAUUCAGUGAGAUGAUGAGGUGAAUAUGGAUUCCUCUUUAAAGAAUGUUCCAGCACUGAUGUGGCUCAACAGAUGUACCCAGAAGUUAAUCCUGGGUUCUAUGUAUCAAACUUCUCAGGGAAGGUGUGCUGAUCUGAGCUGCUCUUCUUGCUUCCACAUGUUCAUAUCAUAAUGAAGAACAGUUGAUUGGAUGGAGCUGCUCUUACAUCAGUGUCCUUGCUAUGAGAUGUCUGAUGCAUAUUUCUAAUGUACCUGUCACAUCUGAAGAGGGCAAAUGUUUAAGGCCUGAAUGGGUGAUUAGCAUCACCCAGGUCUCUGAAGCCCGUGGCCAUUUUGGGCUCAACACUUGGUCUUGUGAAGUCAUGCCAAUCUCUGAGCCCUAGUAGAAUUUGUAUCACUGUAUUUGUGCACCUUUUUGUGUACAUGUGUAAAUAAAUGAACCACUUGUAUUAUUUGA